AUCCAAUAAUUAAACUUUGAUAAGCUACGAUAUUUCCAUUUGUUUAAAUUUGAAACAAGCUUUCACCCCUAUUUAAAAGUCACACAAAUUAAUCCACCCACGACCCUCUCUCAAGUAUUAUUAUUUUGGAGAAUUACUCGUCAUUCUCACUCACUCUUUAGAAUCACCAAGUCCUAACCAUUCUCUCAACCUCACCAAGUCCUACUAACCAUUCUCUCAACCUCCAAAAGAUGUGGAAGCUUCACUGCAUGAUCAUUUGCUUAAUGGCUGCAUGCCUUCUUGCAAGCAGCCUCAAUGUUUCAUUCACUGAAGUUGCUAACGCAACUCAAAGACGAGCAGUGUGUAUGGACGGCUCACCGGCUGGCUACUAUUACUCUGCCGGGUCAGGAGACGGGGCCAAGAAUUGGCUCCUCUUUCUCAUGGGAGGUGGAUGGUGUGAUAACGUUGAUGAUUGCCAAAGCAAACUGAAUCAAUCUUUAGGCAGUAGCAAAUCCGUGCCAUUUACAAAAUUCUCACACAUUCUUAGCCCAGACAGCCAAAUCAACCCGGAUUUCUAUAAUUGGAAUAGGAUUUUCGUGGCCUAUUGUGACCAAUCAUCAUUCCUCGGUGACGCCGAGUUUGAUGGCCAAGGACUGAAACUUCAAUUUCGAGGAUCCAGGAUUUUUGAUGCGGUUGUUGACGACCUUUUGGCAAAAGGGGAUGGGCGUUGGAGAGAAUGCUAUUCUUUCCGGUAUAUCGGCAGGGGGGCUUGCGACUAUCUUGCAUUGUGACGGCUUUCGAGCACGUCUCCCCGAUGUGGGCAGAGUGAAAUCAAAACAAUACUCCACUUUAUCCACUUUUAUUAGUUAAAUCUUGUGCUCAAAUUAAAUAUCUAACUUACAAUAAGACAUAUGGAUUAUAAUAUUGUAUCUUAUUAAUAGUAGUAGUAUUUGGUUGACUAUAUACGAUCUGAUACCUCAUCUCGGGAUAAUGUUAGUAAGAUUUGUCAUGGAUAUUUUCAUCAA